AUGGAAACUGGUGACAUGGCUUCGGGUGAACGAUUCUCUCCUGAGCUUGCUUUGGACAGCCAUGAAGUUCCAGUUGGCUGUUUGAUUGUUGAGGAAGGACAUCUUACUGCUACAGGAAGAAACAGUACUAAUGAGGCACAUAAUGCAACAAGAUGUGCAAAAAUGGAAGCUCUUGAUGUUCUUCUUGAACAGUGGCAGAGGAUUGGAUUUUUGUCUGCAGAAGUUGCAGAGAAGUAUUCAGCAUGCUCCCUUUAUGUGAUAUGUGAACUAUACAUAAUGUGUGCAGCAGCAUUAUUGAUCAUUGGUACAUCUGUUGAUCGUACUGAAAUGAAACUAAACUUAUGUUAA